AUGGGACAGUAUGUAAAGGAGGCCCUAGAACAGGGAUAUAUCCGUCCCUCUACGUCUCCGGCAUCCGCCAGCGUUUUCUUCAUAAAGAAGAAAGAUGGGGGUCUAGGACCUUGUGUAGACUAUUGGGGCCUCAAUAAGCUGCUUAUACAGUACCAUUAUUCCCUUCCCCUCGUUCCUUCCACACUGGAACAACUAUGGGGAGCGAGGUACUUUACCAAACUCGAUUUACGCAGUGCGUACAAUCUCAGAAGGAGUAAAGAGGGAGACGAGUGGAAGAUGGCAUUUAGUACCUCUUCAGGACAUUAUGAAUACCUAGUCCUACCCUAUGGUAUGGCCACAGCCCCCUCUGUGUUCCAAGCAUACAUUAACGAGGUCCUAAGGGAGUUCCUGGGUAGAUCCAUUGUCACUUACAUCGAUGACAUCCUGAUUUAUUCCACCUCCUGGGACCAACACGUAAGUGAUGUGCGUACCGUUCUCCAGAUACUGUUGAGGAAUUUCCUGUAUUGCAAAGCAGAAAAAUGUGAAUUCCACAAGAUGAACUUCCUGGGCUACAUUAUACAAGAGGGUAGCCUGCGUAUGCAACCAGGGUCAGAACAAACAACUGAACUGGAAUCCCAAGGCGGAGAGGUCCUCCGAGGGCUAAAAGAUGCUUUCUCUUCCGCACCGGUGCUAAGACAACCCAAUCCAAGAAAACCUUUCGGGGUGGAGGUAGAUGCGUCAAAUGUAGGUGUGGCAGCUGUGCUGUUGCAACAACAGGACAAAGGAGUUACCUAUAGACCAGGGGAGAGGAACAAGAGAGCAGACGCGCUCUCGCGCCUGUACAAUGCUAAGGUGCAAGCGACUUGUUUAGAGCCUGUUUUUCCCCCCUCUUGCUUCCUGGCAUCGCUAAGUUGGGUGAUCGACAAGCGGAUUGAAGUGGCUAACCCAUGUCCACAAUGUCCAUCCAAUCGGCUAUACGUGCCACCUGGACUAUGUAACGCCCUCAUUGUCCCUGUACAAGGACAUGAUGAGGUUCAUGGCUUCGUGCGCAGAUUGCGCACGCAGCAAGAGACCACAUACUCCUCCCACAGACAGUUUGGUCUGCCUGAGGACAUCAUUUCUGACAGGGGACCAAAGUUUACAUCAUGGGUAUGGAAGGAAUUAUUGGGAAAGCUGAAUAUAAUGGUCAGCCUGACAUCUGGCUAUCAUCCACAAGACAACGGUCAAGUGGAGAGGGCUAACCAUGAAUUGGCCAUGAAGGAUGGCAGGGCAGGCUCUACCGGAAAGCUGGCCACGAAGUACGAGGGUCCCUAUGCCAUCACGGGGAACGUUAACGACGUCACGUACAAGGUUGAUAUUCCGGGAAGCAGUCAGGUGUCCCGUGCGUUUCAUGUGUCAGUCCUGAAGCCUGUGGUGGUGGGUCCCCUUGCAGAGGGAAGCAAUUGCUCAGGGCUCCUGCCGCCACCUCUGGAGGUUGGGGGGGGCCCAGCGUACAAGGUAAGGACCCUGCUCAACUCGUGUAGGAGAGGCAGGCAGUUGCAAUACCUCAUGGACUGGGAGGGGUGUGGUCCAGAGAAACGUUGCUGGAUACCAGCUUCCCAGGGGUUAGACCCUGACCUCGCCGCAUCCUUCCACCGGGAGUACCUGCAGAGACCGGCUCUGCGAUGGCCGGGUCGGUUGUGCACUGGGGGCCUGGUGGGGUCUUUGGGGGGGGCUCUGUCAUGGCUGUGGACUGAUCCUUGGCUACCGGGUUUUUCUAUGAAUGGAGAUUUUAUAAUCGGAGGAAUUUUCCUCAUUCAUUCCUAUGCAAAAUCAGGAGAGAACACCUACACCAGGCUACCACCACAGCUACAGUGCUCUGAGAGCAUGGAUUUCAGGCAGCUACGCCUCGCCCGUGCCUUCGAGUUCACCAUCCACGAGAUCAACAACAGAACCGAUCUCCUGCCAGGCAUCACAUUAGGCUAUCAGAUAUAUGACUCGUGCUCUGAUGUGCAGAUAGCAAGCAAAAUUGCUUUACAAUGUGUAAACGGCUUGGACCUCGUUUUCAACAACACAAGAUCUUGUUCAAAAUCUGCAGCUGCUACUGUACCUGCUGUUGUAGGAGAGCCUACUUCUUCUUCGUCAAUUAGCAUGGCCAGAAUGCUCGGUCUUUUUGGAAUUCCACAGGUGAGUCAGUCUGCAACCUGCGCGUGUCUGAGCGAUAAGAGUCAGUUUCCAACGUUCUUUAGGACUGAACCUAGUGACCAACAUCAAGCGGCCGCACUGGCAAAAAUGGUGAAGUAUUUUGGCUGGACAUGGAUUGGGGCAGUGCGCAGCGACACGGACUAUGGAAACUACGGAAUGGCAACGUUUAUAAAGGCUGCGCAGGAGGAGGGGAUCUGUGUGGAGUACUCCGAGGCCUAUUACAGAACACAAUCACGCAGUAGACUGGAGAGACUAGCAAAUGUCAUCCGCAGAUCAACAGCCCGGGUAAUAGUAGCGUUUGUUCAUGAAGGAGACAUGAACUUUAUAUUUGAGGAACUGGUACAGCAACCUCUACCUCCGAUUCAGUGGAUAGGCAGUGAGGCUUGGAUCACACAUCCAGACUUUCUACGUUUUAACAUUUGUGCUGGCGCUUUAGGUUUUGGGGUUCCCCGGUCAGUUAUUCCAGGUUUUCGUGAGUUUCUUUUAGACCUUUCUCAAGAACAAGCUUCCAAAUUGCCUUUGUUAAGGGAAUUCUGGGAGCGCUCGUUUGGUUGUAGCCUAAAAGGACGGACAGGUGUGCGGGAAUGUGAUGGCAGUGAGGACAUCCGCGCGCUACAGAACCCGUACACAGACACGUCUCAGCUGCGUACCACUAACUUGGUGUAUAAAGCCACAUAUGCCAUAGCGCAUGCAAUACACGGAGUUAUCUGUAAUGAAAUGCAAUGCGACAAGACCAUUAACUUCACACCGUGGCAGAUAUACAGCCAGCUCAAGAGAGUGAACUUCACGACAAAGAAUGGUUAUCAGGUGAACUUUGAUUCUAAUGGGGAUCCUGAAGCUGUCUAUGAGCUUUUAAACUUGCAGUUUAAGAAAGAUGGCACUUUAGAGCUUGUGCCAGUGGGCUACUAUGACUCAUCUAAACCAAAAGGACAGGAGUUCAAAGUCAUCAGUGCUGUCAGCUGGUUUGGAGGACAGACAGAGGUGCCAGUGUCUGUGUGCAGUGAGAGCUGCCCUCCAGGCACCAGGAAGGCUGUGCAGAAGGGAAGGCCUGUCUGCUGCUAUGACUGUAUACCAUGUGCAGAGGGAGAGAUCAGUAACAAGACAGACUCUUUGGAUUGUAUACACUGUCCUCCUGAUUUCUGGCCAAACACCAAACAAGACAGCUGCUUCCCCAAGCCUGUUGAGUUCCUGUCCUGGGAUGAUACUCUCGCCAUCAUCCUGACAGUGUUCUCCAUCACUGGGGCCUUCAUGGCUGUGUGUGUUACUACUGUCUUCUACAAACACAGGGCAUCUCCCAUCGUCCGAGCCAACAACUCAGAGCUGAGCUUCCUGCUGCUCUUCUCUCUGACUCUGUGUUUCCUCUGUUCACUUACCUUCAUUGGUCGGCCCUCUGAGUGGUCCUGUAUGCUGCGUCACACAGCGUUUGGGAUUGCCUUCGUCCUCUGCAUCUCCUGUGUUCUGGGGAAAACAAUAGUGGUGUUAAUGGCCUUCAGGGCUACACUUCCAGGCAGUAAUGUCAUGAAAUGGUUUGGGCCUGUACAGCAGAGACUCAGUGUUCUUGCUUUCACUCUCAUACAGGUCAUUAUUUGUGUUAUUUGGUUAAAGUUAUCCCCUCCAUUCCCCUUCAAAAAUCUAAAACACUACAAGGAAAAGAUAAUCUUAGAAUGUGGCUUAGGUUCAGCUGUAGGUUUCUGGGCUGUGCUGGGUUAUAUAGGAUGUUUGGCUUUUCUGUGUUUUAUUUUGGCUUUUCUAGCACGGAAGUUGCCUGAUAACUUUAAUGAAGCCAAAUUCAUCACAUUCAGCAUGCUCAUAUUCUGUGCAGUUUGGAUCACUUUUAUUCCAGCUUAUGUCAGCUCUCCUGGAAAAUUCACUGUGGCUGUGGAGAUAUUUGCUAUUCUGGCCUCAAGCUUUGGUUUAAUUAUUUGUAUUUUUGCUCCCAAGUAUUUCAUAAUUGUGUUUAGGCCAGAGCAGAAUACCAAGAAACACCUUAUGAGUAAAGUUCCCUCUAAAGCUCUCUGA